ACGGAGAAACACAGAGAGAUUAGCAUUAGCUUCUUCUUUGUUAGAAGGUUGUGCGAACACGGAUUUGGUGUUUUAUGUAAAUAUCUGAGUGUUUGCUUUAAAAAUGUCUUCAGUUCAGCCUCAGAGAGAGUUUAUCAACGAGCUGGUAACUCCUGCUGAACAAACAUUCACAGAGUUGAAAGAAAUAAACGUUAAGAUCGAGGAAGAGAUGGAGGAUCAGCGCAGACUGCUGGAUUUCAGCCGGAUUCCGAAGAUAAUUUUGCACCGGAUAGAUCUCCCACAAUGCUCGGCGUGUAAAGAGGAGGAGGUUCUGAAUGAGCCCAGCAACCAGGAGAAAAACACCAAUUUAGAUCAAGAAGAUCCAGAAUCUCUGCAGAUAAAACAAGAACCAGAACGUCUGCAGAUAAAACAGGAGCAAGAGAAACCAGAACAUCAACAGUUCAAAGAUGAAGGGAAUCAACUCUGCAUCAGUCAGUAUGGAGAGCAUCUUGUGCUGAAACAGGAGACUGAGGACAUUUUGGUGAAUCCUUCUAAUAUGCAAAGAAUCCAAAAUGAAACAGAAUCACAGAGGAACCAAGUCAUCUCUCCUGAAGUUGAGAUCCCGGAUCAGGAAGGAAACAGUUCUGAAAACUCAAAAGAGAGAAAUGAACAGGAACAAAAUGAGAGACGUCAGAAAACCAGACAGCCAAAAAGCACAAGACACAGGAAAUCACACCCAGAUCAAAGGUUAUAUUCUUGUAAAAUUUGUGAUAAAACCUUUUCUCGAACCAGAUACUUGACUAAACACAUGAGAACUCACACAAACAAGAAAUCUUUCACAUGUUCAACCUGUGGAAAAAGAUACAGUCAAGAGGCUUGUUUAAUUAAUCACAUGAGAAUUCACACAGGUGAAAAACCAUUCACCUGUGUUUCUUGUGGAAAAGGUUUCAUUUACAACAGUACGUUAAGGAUUCACAUGAGACUUCACACAGGGGAGAAGCCUUACUCAUGUGGGACCUGUGGAAAAGGUUUCCAGAGUAAAUAUAACUCACUUCGUCAUAUGAGGAUUCACAUGACGAAGCUGUUUUCAUGUGGGACCUGUGAAAAAACUUUUGUGUGUAAAUCUGACUUAGUUAAUCACAUAAGAAUUCACACAGGUGAGAAACCUUUCUCAUGUAGGACCUGUGGAAAAAAAUUCUCUCAAAAAUAUAGUUUAACUUAUCACAAGAAGACUCAUAGUAGUGAGAAGGUUUUCUCAUGUGGGACCUGUGGGAAAAGUUUCUCUCUAGAAUACAGUUUAACUUAUCACAUGAAGACUCAUAGAAGUGAGACAGUUUUCUCAUGUGCGGCCUGUGGAAAAGGUUUUACUGAUAAAAAAAGUUUAAAUUUUCACAUGAAAAUUCACGCAAGUGAGAAGCCGUUUUCAUGUAAGAUCUGUGGAAAAAGUUUGAGUCAUAAAAAAAGUUUAACUGCUCACAUGAAAAUCCAUACAGAUGAUAAGUCUUUCUCAUGUGAGAUCUGUGGAAAAUGUUUCACUCGAAAAGGCAAUUUAAAUGAUCAUAUCAAAAUUCACACAAGUGAGAAGCCUUUCUCCUGUGGGACCUGUGGAAAAAGUUACAGUGACAGAAAGAGUUUAACUCAUCACAUGAGAAUUCACACAGGUGAGAAACUUUUCUCUUGUGAGAUUUGUGGAAAGAGUUUGACACAUAAAAAAAGCUUAACUGCUCACUUGAGAAUUCACACAGGUGAGAAGCCAUUCUCUUGUGAAACCUGUGGAAAAUGUUUUAUGUUCAGUUCUAGUUUGUUGUAUCACAUGAAAUCCCAUUUAAGCAAGAAACCUUUCUCUUGUGAGACCUGUGGAAAAAGUUUCAGUCAGAAAUGUAAUUUAACUUAUCACACGAGAAUCCACACAGGUGAGAAACCUUUUUCUUGUGAGACCUGUGGAAAAAGUUUCAAUCAAAAAUGUAAUUUAACUUAUCACAUGAGCAUUCACACAGAUGAGAAACCUUUUUCUUGUGAGACCUGUGGAAAAAAUUUCUCUCGAAAAACAAAUUUAACCGUUCAUAUGAGAACACACACACAACUUGUAUGGAAUAAUGUGAACUUAAUGUACCAAGAUUCUCAGUAACUUGCUGUUUAGAAGAGGAGAAAUUGCAACUAGAUCACAUUUUUAAUUGUAAGAGCUUUGUUUCAAAUAGGAGAUUUAGCUGAAAUGCUUAAACAUUCACUUUGUUCUCACAGUUUUAUCUUUCCAUUUAAAAGGAAUAUUUUGAGUGAGAUAUGACUUAAGACUUAAGUCACACUUUUCAGGACCAUCAAAGCUGCUGGUUGAGGAAUGAAAUUGUGUUAAAUAAUGAUAAGAGAUGUUUUCCUUUUUGUUUAUUUAAAUAUCUGUAUUGACAUUUUUCUUGUUGAUCUAAAUUGUAAAGUUUUUUACCUAUGUCUUUUUUUUUUGUCUUUGACAUGGUUUUUAUGUUUUGGAUAAAACAAAUGUAUUGAUGAUGUGGUUUGAAUUACAGAUAGAAAAAUUAUGAAACUUUCUUCAUAAUUCUCAGAUAAUAAAGAUUAUUUGC